UCUACUUGAGUCAACUUGUGAGUAUUUGUACAGUAUUGUACUAAUACUAAAAGCGAUCCGGGUGAGACUUUCAGGAUCUGUCUCCCUGCGCCAGCGAACAGCUGAUCUGUAUCACCACAUAUGGGGCGGGACCUUGAGACAUCAGCCAAUCAACACCACGUCCGCCAAAAGGCUGACUGGCACUAAACUGUUAAGUGUCCUGGUUGAGUGACUCGUGAGGUUGUGUUUACUUUGUUUGUUGGCACUUUGUGUGGUAGUGCCUGUUCCAGCUGCAGUGUGUCUGUAGGAGCAGCUGGUGCAGCUCUCAGCUAAUCCGCCGACAUGAAGCUGCUGGACGAGCGGAUCUGCUCGCUGUUUAAGCGCCACUGGCAGCAAACUCUCACCUACUGGAGUGUGUUCUUUAGCUUCGGCCUGUGCAUCGCUUUCCUGGGACCCACCAUCCUGGACCUGAGGUGUCAGACCCAGUCCACCCUGCAGCAGAUCACCUGGGUCUUCUUCUCGCAGCAGUUCGCCCUGUUGGUGGGCAGCAGUCUGGGAGGACUCUUCAAGAAAACACUUCUGUUGUCCCUGUCAACCCUGUUCUCCAGCACUCUCAUCAUUUCACUCGUGUUUGCCAUCAUACCAACAUGUCACCAUGUGGCUCUGCUGUCUGUCGCCAUGGCAAUUGCUGGCUUAGCCAUGGGGGUCAUUGAUACCAUCGCCAACCUCCAGCUGGUGAAGCUGUACCAGAAGGACUCAGCCGUCUUCCUGCAGGCCCUGCAUUUCUUCAUAGGCCUGGGAGCGCUGGUCAGUCCCCUGGUGGCUGAUCCUUUCCUGGCAGAGGACUCUUGUGUCCUGGGUGCCAACUGUACUGCCAACUCAUCAUCAUCGUCAGAUCUGAAUCACCUCCGCAGCAGCCUGGCCGGACAUGGAGCCCGAGUAAACAACAUCUCCCAAUAUCCUUUGCACACUGAGGGUGUAGUCAUCACCAGGGUGUCAUACGCUUUUUGGAUCAUGGCUCUUAUCAAUCUCCCAGUGCCAGCAGCGGUGCUGACUUUGAUGUACCAUGAGAGACUGCUGCCUUGCUCCAGCACCAGUCCACCUCUGCUCAACAGAGAGUCUGUGUCCAGCGUGAGCUCUGCUGGGGACAGUGGACAGGGUCAUGGCAGUUUGUUUCACUGCUGUAACCUUGCCAAACUCCGGGGUCGCCCUGCUACUUUCUUCAUCCUGCACGCUCUGGGUGGGGCCAUCCUCUUCAUCACUGAUGGGAUUAUAGGCUCCUAUGCUGGCUUCGUCUACACCUACGCCGUGUCCCCUCCUCUGCUUAUGGGUCAUAAGACUGCUGGUUGUCUGGACAGCAUAUUCUGGGCCUCCAUCACAGUAGGAAGACUGGCUUUCAUCUACCUGUCCUACAGAUACACAUCACCUAGGCUGCUCACCAUCAGUCUGGUGGGGGUCAUACUGGUGCAGUGUCUGUUGUUGAUCUUCUACAGCAGCUGCGUCUUUCUCUUCAUCGGUACGUGCGUGUUGGGACUGUUUAUCAGCAGUGUGUUCCCAUCCAUGCUGGCCUUCACAGAGGACAUAUUAGACUACAAAGGUUGUGCCACAACAGUCCUGGUGACCAGUGCCAGCACAGGAGAAAUGGUGCUGCAGCUUCUCGUUGGAUCAGUGAUGCACAGUCAGGGCAGCUACAGUUUCCUGCUGUGCUGUACAAUAGCAUCGUUCAUCGGCUUCUGUCUGUUCCUGCUGCUCCUCUAUGUCCGCCACAGACACACACACAGCUGCACAGAUUCGUGUGAAAACACAGACAUGAAGGAGAGGCCACAGACAGGAGGCUCGUGAUCAGAGGGUCCCUGAGAACCGAGGGGGACAC